AUGGUAGUUGCAAUCACGAAGUACUUUGACUGGACACUGGACCUACUGGACGUGGUGACAGCUUUGCUAUGCGGAGAGAUGAAGGAAAAGGUAUUCUGCGCGAUCCCAGAAGGGGUCGAAGUUGAUGAAGACUUUGACUGCUUCGAAUUGUUGAAGGCGAUCUACGGACUAAAACAAGCAUCGCGCGCAAGGAAUGAGACUUUCCAUGAGUUCGUCUGCUCCAUUGGAUUUCAAGUAUCCGAUUUUGACCCGUGUCUUUAUCUCAAGAUUACAAGUGGCGAGUGCGUGCUUUUGCUGGUAUACGUCGAUGAUGUGUUGGUGACUGGCAGCUCGACCGAAACGAUUAUGCGUACCAAGAGUGACUUGAAGGCGCGUUUCGAAAUGACUGACAGCGGCAAGUGCGCAUUCGUGUUGGGCAUCGAGCUGGUGGACAACGACAACGGUAGCGUGACGAUGUGCCAGCGACGCUACGUGGAAGAUGUUCUCAAGCGUUUUGGCAUGAGCGACUGCAAAGCCGUCACCAGCCCAACAGACAUCAGUUCUUGA